AUGGCGUCUACUACAGCAGAGACGGUGAGGGACAAGCCGUCCAAGCCUACCGUGGAGGACGUUCCCGAAUCACCCACCACAGCUCGCCCCCUCGAGAUGGACGACGACGACGUGCAGGACACGAGCAUCAUCGCCAACGACGCGACGGCCACACCGACCAAGACUCCCGCUACUACGAAACCGACGGACCCCGAAGGCCAGAUUUCCGCCACCGAAGUUCCUGCUGAGACUCGAGCCGAACAGGAAGCCCCGCCUGCGAAGCCUCCUCGUCCCAUGUCGGAAGCUCAGAAGAAUGAACAUAUCCUCAAGGAAGCUUUCCCGACAGUGGACCAAGGCGUCAUCAAGGCUGUCCUGCGAGCCAGCAGCGGCCGAGUUGAGCCAGCAUUCAAUGCCUUGCUGGAAAUGACCGACCCUGAUGCCGUGAAGAACGAGCCCGAAGAGCAGCCGCCCGCCCGCCCUCCUCGUCCUCAGGGACGAGCCCCCAUCUCGCAGGUCGAGGCCGACGAGCUUUAUGCCCGGCAGCUGGCUGAGCACUACGAUAGCGUUGGCGCAUACGAGGCUCGCACCUCGAGCCUCAACCGCGACGGCCGACCGCGCCACCCUGACGAUGACGACCGCGAGCACAGCUUCCUCGACGACGACCUCCCCGUCAUCCGAGAGAACCUGCGCAAGGGAUUCGUCGACACGCAAACAAAGGUCAAUGGAUGGAUUGCCGGGAUAAGGAAGAAGCUGGAAGAAAGCUUUGAUGAGACGGAGGAGAGGACACAGAGCGAGGGCCAGCCCUUCCGACGCCAGGGUGAGGCAAGCCGUCGCAGCGGUGACUACGAUCGCUACGAUGCCGACCCGCAGGUUCUCAGCGAUGAUUUCGCCGGCAUGCGAUUCUCGUCGGAUGGCCAUCCCACCAACCACCCCCUAUCGAACCAGGGCCUGCACCGGCCUCCUCCCCCAUCGAAAUCGCCUAGACCUGAUGGUCGAAGAGUUGGAUUCAAGGAAGGCCACGAGGAGAUUAACAUGUACGACUCGUCACCCAAAGUGCCACCGAAAGACAACGCGGCCAACAAGUCCAGCAAGUGGCAGCCGCUGUCAACGGUGGAGCCCGAGCCGAUCACGGACAAUGAUCCGUUCAGCUUAGGCGAUAGCGAUGACGAGAAGGAGAUCAAGGAUACUAAGGAGACCAAGGAAGCCAAAGAGACGAAGCCCAAGGAUACCAAAGAAGUCAAGGAUGGCAGCGUGGCCAAGGAGGACGACGCGGCUGAGCGCGUCAAGAAGGCGACUGCCGAGGCCAUGGCGGACAGCCUAGGCGAGGCGACCAAGGUCGAGCAGACCGGGGAUAAGAAGAACUGA